AUGCUUUAUUUAUCAGAAAUUAAAAAGGAACAGGUGCCUAAAGGGAAAUAUUAGAAUCUAAUUACAGUUAUAAUAUAGAAAAAAAAGAAAGCAAGCAAGAAAACGCUCAGAGAGAAGAUUGGGUUUGUUUUCAAGAACCUCUCGUACAGAGGUUUCAGGAUUUUCAGUGUGUGUGUGAUACUUUUAGUCGUCACCGCUGUCUUUUUGCUUCUUUCUCUCUUUUCUUUUUUUGAAUACUUUACCUUAUUUUUUUUAAAUCUCUUAAAGAAAGAAAAAGAAAGAAGCAAGGGCGGUAUACCUUUUUAUAAACAGAGGAAAAAAGUGACUGUGAAAAUUUUUGCUUUUUCAACAUUAUCAAGUCACAAGGACUCAAGAGUGAUUCUUCUUUCUUGCAUAGAAUAUGAGUUUAUUGAAACCACCUCGGAAUAGGGGUAUGAUAGUCUUGGAUAGAGAUGCAUUCCGAGCAACGUUUCAUACAUUGGCAAUCCAAACACCUGCCUCACAAGUGAAGCAAGUCAUGACUUUGCUUGAAGAAGAGUUAUUAAACCAGCCACGUAUCCGUAGUGUAGUAUCUGAUCCAAGCUCAAAUGAGAAGAAAUUAAUUUUAUUAAGGCUUGAUAUAAAAGAUGUUCAAAAUGAUAUGUCACCCGAAAAAUAUGAAUUCAUCAAGAAUUAUGAAAUCAUAAACCAUAGUUUUGAAGUUGGUUAUGAUUAUUGGACAACUGAACAAAUUUUGUAUUCUGUUAUGCCUGAAGGAGAUGCUGAAACGCCUUCUUCUUAUACGACGACAGGACAUAUAGCCCACGUCAAUUUGAAACAAGAAAAUGAGCCUUACAAAAACUUGAUUGCUCAAGUUAUUCUUGAUAAAAAUAAAAAGAUAAAGAGCGUCGUGAACAAGACAAAUAACAUUGACAAUACAUAUCGUAACUUUGAAAUGGAAGUAUUAGCUGGCGAUACAAACAUGAUGACAGAAUUGAAAGAAAACAACUGUCUAUUCAAAUUUGAUUUCUCUAAGGUUUAUUGGAAUUCUCGAUUACAAGCAGAGCAUCAUCGUCUAGUAGGUUUGUUUAAAAAAGGAGACUAUGUCUGCGAUGUUAUGGCAGGUGUAGGGCCCUUCUCCAUUCCUGCAGUCAAAAAGGGCGCAAUUGUUUAUGCAAAUGACCUUAAUCCUGCUUCUUAUGAGUCACUCUGCGAAAAUAUUAAAUUAAACAAGAUCACCCAGAAUAUCAAGACCUACAAUAUGGAUGGCCGCGCAUUUAUCGCUAAAGCAGUCCAUGAUCUAUCUGUGGAUACCAAUGGCCAACACCAUUUCAACCAUUUCAUCAUGAACCUGCCCGCCACGGCCAUUGAAUUUCUAGAUGCGUUUCGAGGAAUUUACCAGGAUAAAAGAGUGUCUUCGGAGUCCCUCCCGAUGAUUCACUGCCAUUGUUUCACAAGAAGUUCGGAUCCUAUUCAAGAUAUAAAACAGCGCGUAUGUCAAGUAAUGGGAGCUUCGAUCGAUAUUGCAUCUUGCAAUCUGCAUUGGGUUCGCACAGUAGCGCCCAAGAAAGACAUGUACUGUGUGUCAUUCCGUCUUUGUCCCGAAAUAGCUUUUUCAUAAAUAAAUAAAUAAAUAAAAACAUUUUCAUUAAUGGAGAUCCGGGCCGAUCUGGAGUCCCAU